CGAGGUUCUCUCUUUCUCUGUCUCUCUCGGCAAUGAUAAAAUUCUUUCUCAAAUUUUGGUUGUCAUUUCUUAGUUCAACAAAAAUCCCAAAAAUUUUAAUUUCCAAUGAAUUUCUUGGACUUCCUUAGCAGACGAACGAAGAAUUAGGGUUUAGUUCUUUUUAAUUGUGCUUGUUUAUUUACCAUAUGCUCUGUGAAAUAAUGAACUCUUGUUGCUAUAAGUUGCAUUCGAUUCAUUCUUUCGAUCGUCUUCUUGCUGAUCUUUGUUUAAUUAUAUGUAUUCUUAUUUUAUUGAUUUCUAGGUAACUAGUUAUGCUUUUCUCAUGAAUUUUGUGAUUUGUUUAUAAGCAGAGGCUAAAUUGCACAUUGGGUGUUUGUUGGUGCUUCUUAUUUUCCUUGUGUUGGGAAUUUGAGUUCCAAGGAGAGAAAAAUGUUAACCUUGAGAAAUGAUCUUUUUUAAUCCUUUGGAUCUGCAAUUUGUGGACAGGUUAAUAUCGCAUAAGGGACGACUUCAUUUCUAUCCUGGGCUUGAUAUAAUUUAGGGAUGAGUCAGAAAGGUUUUAUAUAUAGCUUCGUGGCGAAGGGUACGGUUGUUUUAGCAGAGCACACGCCAUACUCAGGGAACUUUAGUACCAUUGCUGUUCAAUGUUUGCAGAAGCUUCCUUCAAAUAGCAGCAAGUACACAUACUCAUGUGAUGGGCAUACAUUUAACUUCCUUAUUGACAACGGAUUUGUUUUUCUUGUCGUUGUAGAUGAAUCAUCAGGAAGAAGUUUGCCCUUUGUAUUUCUUGAGCGCGUGAAGGAUGAUUUUAAACAGCGUUAUGGUGCAAGUAUUAAGAAUGAGGCGCACCCGCUUGCAGAUGAUGAUGAUGAAGAUGGCUUGUUUGAAGACCGAUUUAGCAUCGCCUACAAUCUCGACAGAGAGUUUGGGCCAAGGCUUAAGGAACACAUGCAAUAUUGUAUGAACCACCCAGAAGAGAUCAGCAAGCUAUCCAAAUUAAAGGCCCAGAUAACGGAGGUCAAGGGAAUUAUGAUGGACAAUAUUGAAAAGGUUCUGGAUCGUGGAGAGAAGAUCGAACUUCUGGUAGACAAAACAGAGAACCUACAGUUCCAGGCUGACAGUUUCCAGAGGCAAGGAAGACAACUGCGACGGAAGAUGUGGCUGCAGAAUCUCCAAAUGAAGUUAAUGGUAGGAGGAGCAAUCCUUGCCCUGAUAGUUAUACUUUGGCUUCUUGUCUGUCGAGGUUUCAAAUGUUAGUGGGGGUCAAAUCCAGAUGAAGAAAGAAGGCACUAGCAUUUUCUUGUGUUUUUAGUCCUUUGGUGUAUAAAAAUUUUAUAUUUUAUUGAAGAGAUUGGUGGUGGAAUGAGGUCCAACUAUUACUUUGUUCAAUGCUGUAAUUACGCCAUUGUGCUUCUUUAUGUAGAGAAUGUGGCCUAACUACCAGUCGAUAUCUGUGCGGUAAAAAUGCUUUAAAAAAACCGCGCUGUUAAAUUUCUCUA